AAUAAAUCAACAAAAAGAAGGUUUAAAAUAAAGCUCUAAAAAUAUGGUACAAGUAUACCCGUUAGGUCGAGAAAAGUUCCAAGAAAUACCCGGCGGCCGGCUAUAUAUAUAUACGACUAAGAACACAAAUUGCCCCCCUUUCUUCUUUCAGGGAGCACCUAUUAUGAUGAAACAAUCGAAAGAUCCUUUUGAGGUUGCUUUUGAGGAACAGGACGAAUCCCCCCCUGAAUCACCAGCCAACUCUUUGCCUGAUUAUCAUGUUCGUGAUACCCAAAAGCAAUCUGUAGCUAGUCACCAGCUCACUGCCGUUAAUGUUCAAGAUGAUGAUAAUUAUGAUGAAGACGAUGAUAAUGAAAUUGAUAAUGAUGAUGGUGACACUGUAAUUGAUCGUCCUCCGGAAUCGACUGUGGCCGCAUCAUCAUCAAUGCAAGUUGCAGCAGGUACCACUGCUACUGCAAGUCGUGGCAAGAAUAAGGACGAUGAGGAGGAGGAAUUAGAAGAGGAUAAUAUGGAUGUUGAGCUGGGGAAGCUUCAGUCAACUGGGGAUCCAGAUAAAAUGGCCAAGAUGCAGUCUAUUCUAUCACAAUUCACUGAAGAACAGAUGAGUAGGUACGAGUCUUUCCGGAGAUCUGGAUUCCAGAAGGCUAAUAUGAAAAGGUUGCUAGGAAGCAUCACCGGAAGCCCAAAAAUAUCAGUACCUAUGACAAUUGUGGUAUCAGGAAUAGCAAAAAUAUAUGUUGGCGAGCUUGUGGAAACAGCCCGGGUGGUUAUGACAGAGAGAAAUGAAACUGGGCCAAUAAGGCCUUGCCACAUAAGAGAAGCAUAUAGAAGACUAAAACUCGAAGGCAAGGUUCCGAAAAGAUCAGUCCCUAGGCUCUUUCGCUGAAGAGUGUAUGUCAUGUGGGUAGUGCAGGAUAUUUACAAUCUUUUGCAUUUGGUAAACCUAGAGAUACUGUACAUAAAAUUCAAUUUUUCUUUGUAAGCUAUAAACUGAUUCAGAUUAUGCUAUUUGUCUAUAAAUUUGUUUGAACUUACUCAGAUUAUGCUAUUGUCUCUAAA